CGGACUCCACUCCUCUCCUCUCCUCUCCUCAUGGUCCUCUGCUCCACACACCAUGAGUAAGUCCAGCUCGCUCAAAGUCAAGAAUCUGUUCAAGUUGAAGUCACCUGAGAAGGAGAACAAGGAGCUCAAGCGGUCGGCGACCCUCAGAGAUGGAGCUGCCGCAGGCCACAAAGACAUGUCCGGGACGGUACCCACCAGCCCCGGUCCCCUCAGCCCGGGAGACGGCGUCACGCCGCCCGAGGAAGGGUCGCCCGUUUCCCCGAAAGAGAAGAAGAAACGACGGCUGCUGUCGUUCAGGCUGAAACGGAAGAAAUCCAAGAGCAAAACGGAGGAGGGGGACGUGUUUUUCCCUGAGACGGAUGAACUGGACAGUUUCCGCCGACCCAUGAGCUUCGACCAGAUGAGCGUUUCCACAGAGUGCAGUUUCCGCACUGAGUCGGACUGGGACCCUCAGUUUGAUUCCACCUCCAUGAUCAGCUUCGACAUGACUCAGCCAAACAGCCAGUUUUCACCCUCCAAGUUGUUCAAGAAUUCGGAGGAGAAGCGAGGAGUGUUGGAUCGCCUCAGCAGCUUCUUCAACUCCAAGAGAAAGAAGAGCGGUAGCAGGCACAAUUCAGAUGCCUCCAGUGAUGCACGCUCCCCAGUAUCCCCCUUGUCUCCACGUUCUACGCAGUCUGAGGAUGAGGAGGAUGGGCAAAAGACGCCUACCCCUUCUCGAAAAGCUGACGAGCUGACCCUGUAUGAUGAGGCCAAGACGGGAGCAGAGCAGGGCAAUGACCGCAGCCAGUGCUCCAGUCCCGGUGCCUUGAGCACAGUUUCUCUGUUGACAGAUGACGCAGAUCUCCCAUUCGCUGACAGUAACAGCAGCGGCCGCGGCAGUGUGAGGGAGACAAAUGUGUGCAGGAUCAGCACAGCCAGCGGUGAAAGGAAUUCUGGGAAUGUGACUCCCGCCACUCGGAAACUUGCUACUACCACCCUUCCAAAUGCUGAUUCAGGCACAGAAAUAGGGUUUGCAGAGUCAGUGGUGGAGGAAGUAAACAAGAAGCUGCAGGUUAAUUUAGAAGAACGCAUCCAGACAAAUGCAAAAGCUUCCACCAAGGACGGUAAAGUUAGAUCGACCACUCCGAUGCCGUUUAAAACCCCAGUUCUCAAAACAGCUGAGGGUCCAAUGUCGCCUAAUUUAACUUCUAUCAGUUUAGCAUCAAAGAAAAGCUCUGUGAAGGUUGGAGAGAGGGGGCACAGCACUGCGCUAACAGGAAUACGAUUAGGCUCUCAGUCUUCCACCUCAAAGGAGGAAGGAGAAUCCGUAGACAAAGGGAAGGAAAAGUCCAGAGACAGGAGGAGAGGUCAGGUAUUUUCUGAAUCUACAACUAUGGAAUGGGACCCUUCAUGUGAGAGCGGGGAAAUGGCCGGAAGGGAUUCUCCUGUCCGAUUCCACAAAGCCAUCUGGGUUGAAACACACAUGGGCGAGGAGGAGGUAGUGGUGAGGGAGGGGGAGAAAGAGAGGGAUGCAAUGACAGAAAGGGAGGAGCGCUUCAGAGCAGACUCACCCCCUGUCUUUGCCAUACCUGUCACGGUAAUACCUGAGGACGAUUCCAUCUCUCAGGACGCUGCAGACGGCCCCUCAGAGACGUUGCCGCCCAGUGGCAGCCUGCCAGAACCUACCAUCUCCUCGAGAGGGGAGUUCCAAACAAGCUCGCCGCCGCCAGAGGAGCCUGACGCCGGCACGGACUCAGGGAAAGGUUCCCUUCCAGAGAGGCGCAAGUCACGAGAGGCUCGCAUCACACGCAAGACUGUGAAUCUGCCUUCAAAGCACAAGGUUCUUGCUGAGCAGGUGUGCAUUAGCCAAGAGCCGGGUUUGGAGGAGAACGAACCGACGGGAGAGGAGUGCAGCAGAAGUUCAGCUUCUAAGGGUUCGGAUACAACAGAAGUCCAACUAGUGCCAAGUCUCCAAAACAACGACCAUGCUGAACUCAAGGACACCGACCUAGAGCCAUUCACGACAACAGAUGAGACGGCCCUCGCUGACAGAAACACUCCUGAACUUCAAGGUGAAGAAGAAGCAGACUCUGAGUCCUCCAACAUUGAUGACACCUCUGCUCCCUCAGACAUGUACAAACCAAAGUCCCAACCCUCCGUGUCUGGGAUAAGAGGCAAAGAGACAAAUCAGGCUACACCCUCUAAACGAGGGCCUAAAGCAGCGACAGAAAGUCGACAUACCCCAGCAAGUGGAGCAAAGACCCCAUCCUCUGUAGCCGGAAGCAAGACCAAAAAUGUCACAACAAAGGCCAAGAGCUCCGCAGAGGCAACAAAAGUGGGAACUCCCAGUGAUAUUCCACUACCGAGGGAGCACAGCAGUGAGAAAACGGCUUCUAUGUUACCAACAUUAAAAGACCAAAGCACUAACGGUUCCUCAAGCGCAGAGACUUCAAAGUCCAAAAUCCCCAAAAGGUCAUCAUCAGACGCUGAUUCGAAAUCACCAGCGACAUCAGUGGCCGACGCCUCAGUGUUUACCUCCAAACUACAAAAGCAACCUCGAACCAAAGAAUCUCUAAAAUCUUCCAUCAGUCCAAACAAAGCUGGCAGGAAACCAAGUUUUGAGGAAGCUACGGUAGGGAAAUCUGAGGCGAGGGACAUUUCUCCAACAAAAAAUACCCACAAGACAGGAACAAAGAUUAUUAAAGAGAAGUCGGAGGAGGACGUUAACCUGGUAAAUGGCGUGGCGAGAGACUAUAGCGAGAGAAGUGAAAGCCUGGAUGUUAAAAAACAGCCGCAGAACCAUCUGGAAAAUAGCGCCUCCUUGUCAUCAAAGAGCCGGUUACCCAUCACAUCUCCAACAAGAAAGAAUAAUGAUGAUGUAACGCAAACCGCCGCCACCGGCCACAAAAAGAAUUCAUCCGGUCAGACGGACUCAGACAGACGAAAGAAGAGCUCAGACAAACAGGAAGUACCUGAUGGAGAGAGAGCUGGGACUGACACACCUUCACCUCGACCUGAAAGUCCCACUAAAGGAGGCCCGUCAUCAACAAGACCAUUCAAACAACUUUCUAAAAGAAGGAUCAGCCAUGAAGAGGAAGACACACCAACCUCUCAUGACUCUCCUCCGCCCACAUCAAGGUUUUCCAAACAAAGCGAAAACAUGAAACAACACAAGAGUCUACAUAAGGAUUCAGCUGAUCCCCUCCUAUCGGGGAGCAAACUUCCUACGCUGGGUCUGAAAGGCUCCAACAAAAUAAAAGUCGGGAAAACUCAAGAUUCCCAAGAGAAAGGAUCUGACAGUGUGUUAGCAGAGAAGGACGGUACCAGUGAUGACAGAUUUAAAUUUGAGAGUGUGCCUACAGAAGAGGAAGAACAUGUAAAACCCUCAGACACACAGUCUAGUACCUUUGCGUUCAGAAUGAAAGGAACAGAGACAAGCGAAUUAGAAAGUGCUGCAAUCAAAGAGUUUUCAGAAAUCCAGCCAAUACAAAAGAAUGAUGCGCUUACCACAGCAAACGCUCAGGUGGACGUAACACCAGAAACAGAAGUAGUAUCUACGUUGUUGUCUAGCAGUGAGGCCGUCAAAGUAAUUCCUACUCAAUUACCAGUCACUGAUGUAAACAACGCUGAGGCAGAUAACAAGGAAAGACAGCAAGUAAAAAUUGAGCAUUCAGCUGAAAAUGCAUCUCACAUACAAAGUGAUAACACCACAAACGAAAAGCAAACUCAGCAAUCACUGGAAAGAUCUCAGGGAGAAGUAGACAAAUUAGAGACAACCAAGGUACUAAGUAACGUGACACCAGAUUUAAUUCAGGAGAAAGAGCCAGGGCCUGCUGUGGUGGCCCAGGACACAAUACCAGCUCAUGAGCAUGUAACUGAUACGUCAGGUGAACCUGUUGUGGGUGACAGCAAACACUGUGACAUAAUGACCCACUCUGAUGGGGAUGGUGUUUCUCUUAAAGCGAUAGCUGAUCCCCCAAAUAGUCUUUCUUCUGAAUCGGCCUUGAAAGAUGCUGAGCCAAAGGAUGCUGUUGGUGAUGCUGACCUGCAAAAUACAGAGCAGCAAAAGGAAAACAAGUUAUUUAAGGAUCAAACCACAAAUGUCAUUCUUGAAAUUGGCGGACCACGAUCCACAUUAGACAGAGAGUCAGUGAAAAAUGUCGAGGUGGAGGGGAAAAGUAAAGAGAAGCUUGGCAAGAAAACACCCAAGGCUUCGGACAUUCAAACAGAGGCUGUGACUGUUUGUGAAUUACCCGAGAAUGUUGAAAAUAAGCCGGACAAAGAGCCUCUUUUACUGGCAGAACAAUUUGAAAGACAGAAGAAAGUCUCUAAACUGAAAGACGCAGCAGUGGAAAGCACUGACUCACAGAGCAGUCACAAUGAGGAGCUCAAGGGCAGUGUCAUCAGGGACGAAACAGAUUUUACAAAACCAGAGAAGCCAUAUGAUCUAUCAUCAGAGCCCGACUCAAAGGAGGGACAACAGGUAGUUACAGAUACCCUGGAAGAGAAGAGGUCAGAGGCAGAGGAAGGAGGAAGUUUAAUUGUUGAAGCUACUUCCAUUUUGGUUGAUACAAAUCAUGAAAGUGGGAUCCCAAAGACAGAAAAUGCAGAGAGUGGUGGCGAGGAAACCCAGCGAGCAGAGGAGGUGAUGAUGGCAUCAACAGUGAAAACUGAAAAGGAGCCUAAACUACUUGUAACCAAAGAGGAGGCGAAGAACGACAACACAAAUGAGCAGGACAAACAUGCAAAUGAUGUUAAUGAAAGCCAAACUCCAGAAUUGAAAGUUGUAAGCACUGAAAUGCAGGAUGCUGCAGCUGAUAGAAAAGAGGAGAUUUUACCAGACGAGAUUUCAAAUAAGACUGUUGAAUCUGAAGUUGACAGUAAUACAGCAAAUGCCAUCGCUAACCUAGAAGAGAAACCGGGGGCAGAAAAAGCUCCAGAGAAGACAACAGAAAGCCAUAGUUUGGAAACAACUCCAGAACUGUCAACAGUGAGCACUAAAGAUCAGAGUGAUAAAAACUCUGAAGGAAAGCCUGAAACAAAGACUUCAUCAGUAAAAACCUUGGAGAAUGAGACUGCAGCUGGGACUGCUAACAGUGAAGUUUACAUCCAACAAGUCCAGAGGUCCAUAGUCGUUGGAGACGUUGAGGAGGUCAGUAAACCAGACAAAAUCAAACCAACAGAAUCCAAAGUUCCAAAGGUAGUUCAAGAGAACCAAGAAACAGGUACAAGUCAAGGACUUAAAUCAGUAAUCAUAAGUAGUGAAGGUACCAAAGACAAGACUGAAAUAAAGGAUUCAUCUUUUAAGUCUUUGAAUGAGACUGCUAACUUAGAAAUUUGCAACCUACCGGAGGAAGUAGGGAAAAGGAAAACAACAGAACCCAAACGUCCAACUUCCAACCAAAAACCAGAAACAGCACAAGUUCUGGAAAAGUCCAAGGGUGUAAAAGCAAACACAACUCAAGAACUUGACUCUAUAGGCACUGAUGCUAAAGAUACCAGCGACAAUACUGAAAGCAAGGACUCCGCAGUAAAGAAUUUAAAUGCUAAAGUUAGCAACCAACAGGAACCAGAAGCAGUAAUAACAGAGAAGGGAUCAGAAACUAAAAUUAAAGAACGGGAGGUAGAAAGCAAGAAAACUCAGCGUACUGAGGAAGCACAAGAAAAGACUGAAACAAAUACUUCAUCAGUAAAGACUUUGGAGAAUGACACUGCAGCUGUUACCGCUAACAGUGAAGUUUACAUUCAACAAGUCCAGAGGUCCAUAGUAGUUGGAGACGUUACGGACGUCAGUAAACCAGACAAAAUCAAACCAAUGGAAUCCAAAGUUCCAAAGGUAGAUCAGGAACCAGAGGGAACUAAAGUUCAAGAGAACCAAGAAACAGGUAUAAGUCAAGGACUCAAAUCAGUAAGCAUUAUUAGUGAAGGUACCAAAGACCAGACUGAAAUAAAGGAUUCAUCUUUAAAGCCUUUGAAUGAGACUGCUAACUUAGAAAUGUUCAAACUACCGGUAGAAACAGAGAAAAGGAAAACAACAGAACCCAAACGUCCAACUUCCAACCAAAAACCAGAAAAAGCACAAGUUUUGGAAAAGACCAAGGGUGUAAAAAUGGACACAACUCAAGAACCUAACUCUAUAAGCACUGUUGCUAAAGAUACCAAAGACAUUACUGGAACCAAGGACUCAUCAGUAAAGAGUUUAAAUGCUAAGGUUAGCAACCAACAGGAACCAGAAACAGUAGGAGCAGAAAAGAGAUCAGAAGUUCAAAUUCAAGAACGGGAGGUAGGAAGCAAGAAAACUCAGCGUGCUGAGGACGCACAAGAAAAGACUGAAACAAAGGAUCGCUCACCUAAGAGUUUGGUGGAAGAGGCUGUAAACAUUGACGUUGACUCUGAAGUUAGAAGCCAAGAAGACCAGAAGCCCUCAGUUGAACAUGUGGAGAUAAAGAAACCAGAGAAAAACAUGGAUCACUCCACAGACUCCAACGCUCCACAUGGAAGUCAAGAACAGGAACCAAAGACUCUGACCAAAGUACCAACAGAGUCAGCAUCGAAUGUUGUCACAGUCGUUAGUAAGAGUGACAAGAUACAGGAACAGAAAAGCCUCAUUAAAGAACGUCUUCAAGAUGAAAAUGAAGUGGUGAAGACAGAGGAUAAGCUGAAAAACACAGCAAAGAUAGAUGUCAAGCAAAAGGCAGAACCCAUUUUAGUAAAAGAUGCAGCUAGCAAAACAGUUAAUGGAAAAGAAAAGGAUAAGUCCAACUUUGUCUCAGAUAAAAUACUCAUUAAUACUGAGGCCAAGAAGAAUGAUGAAGGAAUUAAAGAAAAGAUAAAAACAGCUAGUGGUUUGAAACAGGAAUUACAGGUUUUCAACGGUAGUUCGUCAAAAACUUCAUCUCAAAGUCAUCAGAUAAAGACUGAAUCUCCAUCAAGCUGGUUGGAUGUGGAACAUCAACAAAAACAGAAGAAGGAAAACAAAAAACGACUAAAUGCGUCGGCCAGUGAAGAUGAAUCAACUGAGCGUGAUGAUUUUGACGAGUUUAUCAGCAGCAUUAAUAAAGGUGGAAUUCCUUUCUCGCAACCUCCAAAGAGGCACAUCCGUAGAAAGUCCCCAUCGCCACCUUUUUCCAUGCCGGCCAUUAAGGAAGAUCGUUUCGAGAGAACAUUCGAUCCUGGGCAAUUCCAGUUUGGCUUAAAGAAAAAUAGCAAAAAUUCAAGGGAUCCUUCACCAGCUAUGUUAAUAAAACAAUAUGCAGCCGACAGGGAAGGACGGACCCUGGAAAAACGUGGACAAGAAAAUGCCCUUCCUUCAACUGAAGACAAACAGAAAUCAUUUGAUGAGGUGGAAGAAAAAGAUGGAGUCAACGAGACGUCCAAAGAUGGAGCAGGAAAAGAAUUGCAAAGCAAGGAGCCUGGGAAGUUAACGUCAAGGCUUGAAAGGAUGUCGAUCCUCUCCAGCUUAAUGAACUCCUCCAGGAAAACCAAAGAGGAAACCGCCUCUGCCUCAAAUGGCUCGUUUUCUUCCAAGCAACAACAAGACCUGGCCGCUCCUGGAAGGCACGGUGUUGAAUCACCUCUGUCUGACGUAAGAGCAGAUAGGGAGGGCGUGAAGAGUGAAGAUCAAGGAUCACUUGUGAGUGGUGGUGGUAAUGGUACGUUUAACAAGUCAGCUCUUAGCUCCUCCUCUCCUCCCCUUCCAACGUUCUCCGAGAUAAAGCUGCCCGAUCAUUUUGAUAAAUACCUCAAGAAGAACAAACAGGAACCUGAGGCUUCCCAGGGCUCCACACAAAUGACUAAAACGCAACCGAAUCCUGAGGGGGGUGCUGAUAUGGACAAGGCCUUGAUAUCAGGAGCUCCUAAUUUGGAUUUGGCCCUGAAGGGCCCCGCUGCACUGUCUCCAACCUCCAACUUCAGCCAGCAGACUUCACAAAAUACACUUCCAAGGACUAAGGCAAAGACACCUGCAGUAAGAGGAAUCCACAAAAGACCUGGAAAGAUUGUCAUACACGAACAAGCUCAGUUUGGAGGUGAAGCAAAGGAGUUCUUCUGUGAUGUGGAAGAUGCCACCACGAUGAAGCUGUCCUCUGUCAUCUCAGUCAGAGUCAUCAGAGGAUGCUGGCUUCUCUAUGAGAAACCCGGCUUCAAGGGCCGUGUCAUAGCGCUUGAGGAAGGUCCAUCAGAGCACAUAGUGAAUAUAUGGGCGGAUCAGGACACUCCAACGACACUGGACCAGAAUGGUGAACCUGUUCCAACUGCACCCAUGGUCAUAGGUUCUCUCCGACUGGCAGUGAGAGACUACAGCAUGGCCCGGAUUGACCUGUUUACAGAGGUUGAUGGGAGGGGGAGGAUUUCAUCUUACUGUGAUGAUGCUGUAGAGAUCGGCUCCUAUGCGAUGCCUCAGACCACUGGCUCCAUCAAGGUCCAUUCUGGAGUCUGGCUGGUGUAUACCGAUCCAGGGUUUGGAGGUUUUGUAGGAGUGCUGGAGGUGGGCGAGUACCCCUGCCCAGAGGGCUGGGGUUUCUCUGAGCCCUUCAUCGGCUCGCUCAGACCCCUCCGAAUGGGAGCAAUAAGGGUGGAGCAUCCGCAUGCUGUCAAGGCUUUAGUUUUUGAGAAACCAAACUUCGAUGGAGAGUGCAUAGAAGUGGACGGUGAUGUGUACAAUUUGCAAGAAGCAGAAGAGGAGGAAUCAGACAAACAUGAUGAGAAUAAGAAAACAUUGCCUUCAGUGGGUUCUGUAAAGAUACUCGGUGGCCUCUGGGUGGGCUAUUUGGAGGCCGACUUUGAGGGUCAGCAGUACAUCCUUGAGGAAGGGGAAUAUCCUCACUGCAGUGACUGGGGAGGAUCUGAGGACGGGAUCCAGUCCCUUCGGCCUGCGUGCAAAGAUUUCCAGUCUCCACAUGUUAAACUCUUUAGCGAGCCGAACUUUGAUCAGCUGGGGCUCCAUGCCGACCUCCUGGGUCCCAUCCUCAACAUGGAGGACAUCAGCCAUGGAAUUAGGACCCAGUCCAUCGACGUCAUGGGUGGAGUAUGGGUGGCAUUUGAGAAUCCUGGAUUCAGUGGAGAGCUCUACGUGCUGGAGAAAGGCCUGUAUGCCUGCCCGGAUGACUGGGGAGCCCAGAACUUCAAGAUCUCAUCGAUACAGCCAGUCUUCAGUGAGAUGGGAUCGUCAAAAUACAAGGUGCAGCUCUACUCUGAGCCAGACUUUCAGGGAACCAUGGUGGCUCUGGAGGAGAACACAGAAGCUCUGGAUGACAACUUCAUGCCCAGGUCCUGUAAGGUGGUGGUUGGCAGCUGGGUGGCCUAUGAAGGAGCCCGGUUCACAGAGAACAUGUACGUGCUGGAGGAGGGAGACUAUCCCGACCCCGAGGCCAUGGGCUUCAUGUCCUCAGAUUCUACCAUCCGCUCCAUACACACCUCUGGACAUGCGCCGUCUCUGCCCUCCAUCUCCAUGUUCAGUAAGGUCGGCUGCAGAGGUCGCAGGGUGGGGUUAUGUAAUGGAAUUGUAAAUCUGCUGCAGGCGGGCCUGGACACACGCAUACGCUCCCUGGUGGUGGAGGGAGGAAUGUGGGUGUUGUAUGAAAGAAGUAACUACCGUGGUCGACAGCUGCUUCUUCAGCCAGGUGAAGUGACUGACUUGUGCAAGUUAAGCAACUUGCAGCAAAUAGGAUCCCUGCGUCCUUUACACCAGAAGCAGAUGUGCUUCUGCCUGCGGAACAGGGAGACAGGAUGUAUAAUGUCCCUGACAGGAACUUUGGAUGACAUUAAGCUGAUGAGGGUUCAGGCUGUGGAGGAGACGGGAGGAGUCGAGCAGGUCUGGCUCUAUCGGGACGGUCGCCUCACUUGCAAGCUGGUCGAGGACUGUUUCCUGGAGACCUCAGGCAGUUUGGUGAUGGCCGGGAGUCGGCUUUGUGUUUCUCCGGAGCGCGGCAAGGACAACCAGCUGUGGAACAUUACACCCGACGGCCUGGUGCGCUUCCACCUCAAACCUGAACUGGUCCUGGAGGUCAAAGGUGGUCAACAAUAUGACAAGAACCAGUUGAUCCUCAACACGUUUGAUGAGAGAAAGCUGAGCCAAAGAUGGACCCUGGAGAUGCUGUGAGAAGAGAGGCUCUGUGCUGCAGCUGCAUCACAGGGGAACUGAGCCGUGUAAUGCAGCAGCAGGGUGGGACCUCCUCUUAUUGGGGAGUGCAACCUUUGACUGGACCAAUGUUCUAAUAUUAUUAACUUUGAAAAAAACAACAUGCACUCAUGAAGCAGCGGAUGAAAUAGUUUCCUCUUUUUCAGAAUGAAUGUGUAAAUAAAACGUUGCUCAUUUUUGGCCUCUUGAUUUUAAACACUGUACAAUUACCAAAGACUUCAUCAUGGCCUCUGUGAUUGAACUGCAUGGAGUGAAAACUCAGCCCUGUUCCAAUGCUGCAAACCUGUCUUUACUCCACGGUACCUUUCUACUACAUGGUUUCUCUGGUCUUAUCAUGGACAACUCUGAAUGUAUGCUUCACACUGAUGGCUGCUAUAUGAAGCCGACGUGCCUACGCUCCAUUUGUCUUCUUUUUGUAAUAAUUGUGGAUCAAAGAAGAUCUGUUGUAAAGUUUGGAUAUAUUUUUAGGAUUUCAUAGGUUUUACACUUUUUAAACAAACUGUUCUUUACUGCUUUAGGUUGUACAUUAGCAUCAAGUGUAUAGAUUAGUUUAAAUGUGAAAGCAGAACUGCCCACUGUUAAUUGUAAAUAUGUGAAUGUAAAAGUGGAAACUGUUACACAUGAAAAUAAAAAAGUUUCUCUAUGCUCCAA